AUGGUGCAGGAUCAGGGAGAGAGCACAGUGCUGCCGGAGGCACUGCUGAAGAUCGCCAAGCGGGAGCUGCGCGAGGAUCGUUGCACCCGGGAGCAGUGCCUGGAGCAGCUGCGCAAUUGGGUGGCCAAGAACGAGGAUCUGCGGAAUGUGCGAUGCGACGACACCUUCCUGCUGCGCUUCCUGCGCGCCAAGAAGUUCAGUGUGCCGAUGGCCGAGCAGACGCUGCUCAAGUACCUGAACAUCAGGCGCACAUUUCCGCACAUGAGCACCCAGCUGGACUAUCUGGAGCCGCGACUCGGCGACCUCAUCGAUCAGGGAUACAUUUUUGCGGUGCCACAGCGGGAUAAGCACGGUCGCCGCGUGGUGGUCAUCAAUGCCAAGGGACUGAAUCCGAAGAUACACACCAGCUGCGACCAGGCGAAGGCGCAUUUCCUCACCUACGAGUGCCUGAUGGAGGAUCAGGAGACGCAGAUCACCGGACUGACGCAUGUGGGUGACUUUGCCGGUGUGACCACGGCGCAUGUGACCAACUGGAAUCCCACGGAGUUCGCGCGCAUCUUCAAGUGGGGUGAGCAAUCGCUGCCCAUGCGUCACAAGGAGAUCCACCUUAUCAAUGUGCCAUCCACGCUCAAGUGGCUCAUUGAUUUCGUGAAGAACCGCGUCAGCUCCAAGAUGAAGAACCGCCUGAUCAUCUACGGCAGCGAAAAGGAGCUGAUGAAGAGCGUGGAUCAGGGCUGUCUGCCACUGGAAAUGGGCGGCAAAGUGCCCAUGCGUGAGAUGAUCGAGCUGUGGAAACAGGAGCUGGCGACCAAGCGCGACCUCAUCCUCGGCCUGGACAAGAGCACUCUGCUCUCCGAUCGCGGCAUCCAGCGGAAAAGCAGCUUCAAUGCCGAAAAGGCCUCCACCGGCGGACCAAACUUCGUUUCACAAAUCGAGUCCAUCGAGGGCAGCUUUCGGAAACUGGAAUUCGACUAGCCUAGUCGACUGGUCCAGUUGUAGUUGUUUAAGUUUAUAGUCCUUAGUCUUAGGCAUCAUCCGUUAACCCAAUGCGCAACGCUUCGCCGGUCCCCCGAUCCUGGCCAGCGCCCGAUCCAGGGGAUCCCAGAUUCGCUUAUCGGUGGCACCCGCUUUACUCAUCCUGCGCUUCUUUGUAUACUGUUUGUGUUUGGCGUACAAUAAACGAGAGGAAUCAUUUUGGAA